GCCCGAGCGCGAAAUGGUGCUGUCUGAGCUGGCAGCGCGCCUCAACUGCGCUGAGUACAAGAACUGGGUGAAGGCGGGCCACUGCCUGCUGCUGCUGCGCGGCUGCCUGCAGGGCUUCGUCGGCCGCGAGGUCCUCGCCUUCCACCGGGGCCUUCUCGCCGCUGUCCCGGGCCUGGGCCCCCGUGCCGCCUGCAGCAGCCUCUCGCGGUGCAGCCCGCGCGCCCGCCAGUUUCAGCCUCAGUGUCAGGUGUGUUCAGAGUGGAAACGGGAGAUUUUGAAACAUCACACCAACAGAAAUGGAGAUGUCCACUGGGGAAACUGCCGGCCAGGCCGCUGGCCCGUGGACGCCUGGGAGGUGGCCAAGGCCUUCAUGCCCCGAGGACAGGCGGACAAAGCAGGACCCGAGGAGUGUGAUGCAGUUGCUCUUUUAAGUCUCAUCAACUCCUGUGAUCACUUCAAGAUUGACCGGAAGAAAGUCACAGAGGUGAUUAAGUGUCGUAAUGAAAUCAUGCACUCUUCAGAUAUGAAAGUAUCUUCUACCUGGCUUCAAGAUUUUCAGGUGAAGAUCCAGAAUUUUCUGAAUGAAUUCAAGAAUAUCCCAGAGAUUGUGGCAGUAUACUCCAGAGUAGAAGAGCUGUUGACAUCUGACUGGGCUGUCCACGUCCCUGAGGAAGAUCAGCUAGAUGGAUAUGAAUGUGAUACAGGAGUUUACCUGAGUGAAAGCCAAGUAAAUGAAAUAGAAAUGGAAUUACUAAAGGAAAAACUUCAAGAGAUCUAUCUUCAAGCAAAAGAGCAAGAGGUGUUUCCUGAAGAGAUCUUAAGGCAACUGGAAGUGGUGAAAGAAUUUCUGAGAAACAACGAGGAUCUCAGAAAUAAUCUUACAGAAGAGAUCCAGAAGCUCGACAGCCUCCACAUACCGCAUCACCAGCUGGAUUCUGAGGAGCCCAGAGAACAGACACCUGACGCCGAGGCCUGUGGUUGCCCUCUGACAAAAAUCAAACGUGUCAUGUGAAGGUCGGCGUGGCUUCUGUCUCAGUCACCGAUUUCUGUGCUAAAGGAAAAACUUGCAAGAGUGUUUCACCUAAAGAAAAAGGAAUUUUUAAUGCCUUUUCCUCCACUUCCCUUUGUUUCUCUGGGAGCAUUUUUUAAAAUAUUCACAAGCUUGAUGUUGUGUGUUCUCCACUGACCAAAAAACGUUACCUACUCUUGUGCCAAAACUUGCUAUCAGGUUGUUGGGUUGGGGAGGGUUGUUUUUUGUUUUUUUCAGAUUCUUUUCUGGCCCUAAACUCUACCUGCUUAACACAGUAAAGGCUGUGUCCAGCCUGUCUGAAGGGUCACGCGGAGUUCUCUGUCCACUGGCAAACAAGAGCCCCACGCCUGCUUCCUGAAAGUCAUUCACGAGGGGAGGCUGGGAUGUAAAUUUUGGGAUACAAAGCCUUCCUUUUUGGAGGAAGGCCAAAAAAAGGGCCAUUUUUAGUCAUUUCCAAUUAGUGCAAAACUGUUACUACCCAUUUUUGGAAGCCUGCAGCAAACUUCCUGCAUUUAUACUUAAGGAGAUGGGACCAGACAGGUCAGUGGGGGCUGGAGAACACAGUGGCUUGACUGACCAAAGCGGGGAGGGCCCAGGCCGCCAUCACAGCCAGGGCUGUCGGGAAGCUCUGCAGUUGCUGGCUUGUGUGGCACACUCAGGAACAGUGAGCUCCCGCAGCAUUCAGCUCGCUGUUCAGUUACUCGCCGGUACAGAGUACAGGGCCUGGCCCUGCUGUGCUCCUGAGCAUUUGUUGACUAAAGGGUCAACUGAUAGCUUAGGCUGAUCCAUAGAGAUAAAUGCUAGUUACACUGAUAGUAACUAAACCUGGCCUUUCGUUAUGAGAUUGAAGAAUGAAAUUUUUAUCCUGGGUGUAAUCUGUGCGGAAUGGGGGGAGCUUGGGGGAUAUUUGCAUUUACUAUCAUUUUAUAAAAUCUAAAUGAGUGCAAAUGUGCCUACAUUUUCCUGCUUUUAUCUUUCCCUUAUCGUGUGGUCUUUAUUCUACCCUUUCUCCCUUCACAGAAUUCCUUGAGAAGACUUCAGUAGUAAAGAACUUUCAUUCUUACAGCUGCCUCCCCACCCCAACUAAGAAACUUAAACUUUCCAGGGUUCCAGAUAUAAGAUACAAAACUUGGGAUCAAAUUAAAUCUUGAUUCACUAACCAAUUUAAGACCUGAUUUCUUCCUUUAGGAAGUUUGGACUAUGAACACUUUCAUUUUAUAGCUCUUGUAUUUAGUUAGCUUUCCCUUAUCCAUCCCACAACCGUUUAUCAACUGUUAGCCGUGUGCCAGGCACCGAAGUAUGUGCAACAUGAGAAUCUGUGAAGGUGUGAAUGGUGAUGCUAAGAGCUGUCAUCUUACUAGAGUUAUUUAGUGUGUGUUCUGAUAAAGACACUGUUUAGAGGGCCUCCCCGGUGGCGCAGCGGUUGAGCGCUGGGUUGCGCAGCUGCCCGCAGCCUCUGCAGCGCCGGUUCGAUCCCUGGCCGCCGGGCGAGGGUUCCACAUGGCACGCAGACCUCUCCUGCUGCCCGCUGCUCCCCGCAGCAGUGUACUUCGUCGGUCAGCCUGUUCUGUUCUCCGCUCUGGCUCUGGUGAACCCUCUCACCCUCCCGCGCUUCUGACUAUACCCAGUGCUUGUAUAAAUAA